AUGAUGCCAAAUUUUAUGGCUGGUAACUAGCAAUAGCAAGGAGGCCAGCAAAAGGGUGGAGAUGUUUACGAAGAUCUCGAGGCCUAUAUUGAUAAAACUAAAAUCCAAUGUUUGAAUGAGGAUCCUAAUUUCCCAUUGGAUAGUGCCUUGUUUGAUAAGAGCAGAAAUAUUUACUUGAAGAGUGAUUGCGAUGAAUAAUUAGUUAUAUAAAUUGGUUUCCACACUGCUGUUAGACUUCAUCAUAUUGUAUUUAGAUCACCUGAUGAAGCAUCAGCUCCUGACCACAUUAAAUUAUUCAUUAAUUAGCAAAAUUUAGAUUUUGAUAAUUGUGAAAAUGGUGUUGCUACUUAAGAAAUAGAUCUUACUGAUGCAGAUUUUAAAGGUCAAACUGACUUGCGUUUUGUUAAGUUCUAAAAUUUGAAGCAUCUCACUAUUUUCGUUCAGUCCAAUAAAGGUUCUGAUGUCACUAAAAUAUCACAAAUUAGAUUAUUUGGAUAAACAAUCCAUGAAACAAAUAUGAACAACUUAAAGAAAUCUGGAUGA